GACGUUUGAGCUUAGGGUUGUAGCAUCCUCAACAGUCAUUUGUUGCUGAUGCCUUUCUUCUCUCCUUACUUCAGCCUGCUCUGUCACUUUCCCUCUGCUGCUGUUGUCACUCUCUCUUCCCGAUCACUCCAUAGACGGUUGUUCACAACAACGAUGGUGCUCUUCAACAGUGACAUCUGAGAUAGCAUAAAAUGAAAACAAAAAGAGAAGAUAAUAAUGUGGAGAGUGAGAAACGUUCCCCAAAGCGGCGAAGAGUGGUUGAAAACCACUCUUCUUCUGCAUCUCCUUCUCCACAAAUCAUUGAUAACCCACUUGUGCCCUACAAUGACAUGGAUGAUGAUGAAGAUGAUGAAAGAAUGAGAAGAGAACGGAAUAACAAUAACAGAGCAGGUGAAUAUGGAGAAGGUGUAGCAGGGAAUGGCUAUCAAGGUCCAGAUGUAGAAGACAAAGAAGAAGAAGAAGAAGAUGAUGAUGAUGGACAAGGGUCCAAUCAAGAGAACCGGAGGAAUCUAAUUGAGCCUCGUGAAGACUGCCCUUAUCUUGAUACUGUGAAUCGUCAGGCGUUGGAUUUUGAUUUCGAGAAAUUUUGUUCUGUCUCUUUGUCAAACCUGAAUGUAUAUGCAUGUUUGGUUUGUGGGAAAUAUUACCAAGGGAGAGGGAAGAAAUCCCAUGCAUAUACUCAUAGCCUUGAAGCAGGACACCAUGUCUAUAUUAAUCUUCAGACUGAGAAAGUUUACUGCCUUCCUGAUGGAUAUCAAAUUAUUGACCCAUCGCUGGAUGACAUUCGGCAUGUUCUGAACCCGAGGUUUACUAGGGAUCAGGUUGAUCAACUUGACAAAAACAGACAAUGGUCCAGGGCACUUGAUGGGUCUGAUUAUCUUCCUGGAAUGGUGGGCCUGAAUAACAUUAAAGAGACUGAUUUUGUUAAUGUCACUAUUCAGUCUCUAAUGAGAGUUACACCUUUAAGAAAUUUCUUCCUUAUCCCUGAAAACUAUCAGCAUUGCAGAUCUCCUCUUGUUCAUCGCUUUGGAGAACUCACAAGAAAGAUAUGGCAUGCUAGGAACUUUAAAGGACAGGUGAGCCCGCAUGAAUUUCUCCAAGCAAUUAUGAAAGCCAGUAAAAAACGAUUUCGGAUAGGACAGCAGUCUGAUCCUGUGGAGUUCAUGGCAUGGCUUCUUAAUACACUACAUGCAGAUCUUAGAAAUUCAAAGAAAAAUAACAGCAUUAUUUAUGAGUGCUUUCAGGGGGAGCUGGAAGUUGUAAAAGAGAUUCCUAGCAAAUUUAUUGUUGAUAAGAAGGCAAAUGGCGAUGACCAGAAUGUUGAUGGUGGGAAUGAACAUGAUGAUGUUUUCACAGAAACUUCUACAAUGCCAUUCUUGAUGCUUGGACUGGAUUUGCCACCACCACCUCUAUUUAAAGAUGUGAUGGAAAAGAAUAUAAUACCCCAGGUUCCUCUGUUCAAUAUACUGAAGAAAUUUGAUGGUGAAAUGGUGACUGAAGUUGUCCGCCCUCGUGUUGCCCGGAUGAAAUAUCGAGUCACUAGAUUGCCACAGUAUUUAGUACUCCACAUGCAACGGUUCAAAAAGAACAACUUUUUUAUUGAGAAAAAUCCAACCUUAGUCAACUUUCCUGUGAAGAACUUGGAACUGAAGGAUUAUAUACCAUUGCCAAUGCCGAAAGAGAAUGAGAAGUUGCGAUCUAAGUAUGAUUUGAUAGCCAAUAUUGUUCAUGAUGGAAAACCCAAGGAGGGAUUCUACAGAGUGUUUGUGCAGCGGAAAUCAGAGGAGCUAUGGUAUGAGAUGCAGGAUCUGCAUGUUUCUGAAACUCUUCCACAAAUGGUUGCGCUAUCUGAGGCAUAUGUGCAGAUAUAUGAGCAGCAGAAGUAGCAGUAGCAUUUAGAGGAAAUCCCAUUGUUUUCUGUAGUUCAUUUUAGAUACAUAGUUUUUAACUUCCCACAAAUGUUUGCGAAUGAGAAGACUCUAAGGAAAAAUAUUGAAAAUUCGGCCAAAGAAAGUUGGCUGCAUUUUUUUCUAUAUGGUGAAAGUGGAAGGCAGCAUCAUUAGUUGAAUCUCGACUUUGAAAAGAAUCCGUCUGUGGGAGCAUGUAUCUUACCUUGAAACUGUAACUCUGCCAAUCAAUUGUACAUGCGUUUUAACAGUUUAUUUUAUUUUAUUUUUACUA